AUGGUUAAACAUUUUCAACAAAAGAAAUUUCAAUGUCUAUUUGAUACAAAUGAUGCAUUUAUAAUUGAAGAAGGAAAAGAUUAUUGGAAAAGACGUACAAAAGAAGCAAUAUAUUCAAUAAUAAGUGAGUCAGUAAAUACACAUGAUGAAAUUAAUGCAGCAUGGACACCAAUAUUACAUAAAGCAAAACAUCAUAUUCAACGAAAGAUCGAAUCAACUUGA